UAAGCCUCAGUUCACAGCAAUAGAAGUCACUUUGAGAAGGUCUUCGAUCAUUUUUGAUCAUGCUACUCUUCAUAUUUGCCUGUAGCUUGUUUUGUGCUUUCGUCUCCUUUGUGGACUGCUUUGCAUGUUACCAAAUGAGCUAAAGUUCCAGUCUCUCUUUCUGCGUAGGCUCAGAAUUUGUUUUAGCAAAUACUUGUGGCAGCAUAUUUAACUUUCUUUUCCUCAAGAAAUUGUGGUUGCUAUAUGAUUUUUAAGGUUUGGGUUUUAUUGUUGUUUGUAAAUCAGCAUAUUGAGAAAUGGUAGAUAAACCUUUAUUCAUACAGAAAGAUAAAUCUUCAAUAAAAAGUACAAUUUUUAAGGAUUAUACAUAGCAUAUACUCAUCAUAUGGCUUAUACUGUAUGGGCAAAUUGUGUCUUAAAUUAAGUGUGAUAUUCCAACAUUAGGUUAAAACUGGAAAUUAUGACUUAUCUGAAUGCUGCGUGCGAUUCUGAUAAGGCUGUAUGAGCAUGUGUUUUUGAAUGGUGUGAACACUCUCUCCAUAUUCACACGUCUCGGUAAACGCUGUGACUAGUCUGUUGAAAGAGUGCCUAUGGGCAGUGGAUGAAAAGCAAGAUUAGGGGCCUGUGAAGGCUGGAAUUGAGUGGCUGUUUAAUUCUCAUUACACUUAUGAGCUGGUGUCACUUAGGUGUGGCGCUGCUUCUUAUCCUUAAUUUAUUUGGCUCUAUUAUGCAAUAAUUUUUGAUGGUAGUAGAGUGCUACAGAUAAUGAACUGGGGGAAUCAGCCAACAGAAUGCACAGGCUAAGACCUGUUAGUACCUGUCCUACCUGUCAGUAAGGAUGGCUUUUGGAUUUUAAUCAUUAUUAACAGCCGUGGAAUAAAGUGGUAUACAGCAGUAAGAGUCUUUUACUAGAGUUUUUAUGACUUGAUUGUUUAUAAAGCCUGUCAUUAGCUGUGGUUGACUUGCUUGAUGCCUUAAGAAUGAUAUUUGAGUUUUGAAAUUGCACUUGACCUGGGUCUGAUUGGUAUUGCGUGUCUUCCCCCCCGCGAUGAUUCUUUGAAUGUAGCCAUUUUUUAAUCGUGUAAAUAAGACUAUGACAAGCAGCAGCAAACGUAACUUUGCUGUUGGUGUAUUUGGUCUGUUUAGCGUUGAAGAUCCUUACUUGGAGAGGGGGGUCUUCAUUCGUUACUGUAUUUAAUGAAAACGAGGUGAUAAAGGCUGGGUACAAUCUGAGACUCGGCGCCUGCACAUUCUCACUCAGUUUAGGCAUGUGCUGACUCCAUUGGGUAGUGUGCUAUUGCAGACUGCGGGCUGCAUUUAGGAUGGAUACAUUGUCUAUUAUAUGCAUUUGAAAUGAUUAUUUGUUUCAGAUUCUGAAAGGAGUUAAGGAUUCAAGGUGCGUGUGAGUGUAAUGUGAAGUCUGACCUCUCCCCGCUGUAGUUUCCAGUCAGUGUACAGUAUAUGUUUCCUGUAUGUCUGUAUGUUCCAGGCUGAUGCAUUUUUUUUACCUGUCAGUAUAUCUUACACAAAUAAUGAAAAAUGAGUUUAAUUAGGGAAACCAACAAAGGGGAAGUGGAAUUUAACCUGCCAAGAAAAGUGAAGUGUUCUGUCACUCUUAGUGAUACAGAUUUGAUUUAUGUUGUCUGUGCUGCUUUGAUCAUUUUUAGCAUUCAGAUUAUGAAUGAAGACUUGCUGUUUUUAUGGUCUUUGACACGAAGUGAGAGUCAGCCAGUAUCUAGACUUCAAUCACAGGGGCGUUGCAGCGUUUUCCCACAAGAAAAUCAAAUUAUUGGACGCAUUAUUCCUCAAUAUACUCUAAACUUUUUUUUUAAUUCAUAUGUGGGGCUUCAUAGUGACAUGCUUUUAAAUUAGUGUAUUGAUCAUCACACUGUUGAGUGUCCACCGCUCUGAGGACAGGGGGCAAGGAGUCGUAAGCAAUGCUCAUUUUAGCUCUAAAGAAAUUAUGCAGUGUCAAGUCACUUACUGUCUACAGGAAUGAACACACACAAGCUAUUUUAGGAAGCAUCAACAAACACCAGUUCCAUCCAACCCAGGAUGGGGGGCCAGCCCAUCGCAGGACACACUCACACACCAUUCACUCACACAUGCACUCCUACAGGUACUUUAGCAAGUACAAUUAGCCUCAGCAUGUUUUUGGACUGUGGGAGGAAACCGGAGUACCCGGAGGAAACCCCACGACGACAUGGGGAGAACAUGCAAACUCCACACACAUGUGACCCAAUGCAGAGACUCAAACCCAGGUCCCAGAGGUGGGAGGCAACAGUGCUAACCACUGCACCACCAUGCGGCGGUCGUUAUAAGAGAACAACAGGCGCCGUAGCAGCACAUGGAGGCAGUUAUAAGAGGUUAUUUUUAAUGUGCAUAUUAAUAUAUUUUACCCACCUGUGUGUGCUUAGUGAUGUGGUUACCAUCGUGGACAGCAGGUGGUACUGUGCAGUAGAAUAUUAUCUUUGUCCGUGUUUGCAUGGUGCCUAAUUCCUCCCACACCCCAAAAAUAUGUUAAAACGACUCCGAAUUGUUCCGAGUGUGUGCAUAUGUGUGCAGGCAAUAUAAGCUGCAGCCCCCCGCCAUCCUCAUGACGAGGACAUCCUGGAAGAUCGAUGUGUUUCUCUGUAAUCCAUAAUGAUGCGUAAUAUAAUUGGAUACACGUGUUAUUAUUAUUUCUAAUUUGGGUACACUCUCAGUUUGCCUCGAAAUUGAACCAGUAACCGAUAUGUUUUUGAAAGCCCCCUCCACGGCUUGUUAAAUGGUUUAAAUGGGCGCCUGCACGGCAGCCUGAAUCCGUGCUCGGCAGCUUGGUAUCUGACUACUAGGGCGGGCAGCCGGAAGACGGCGAGGAAGAGCUACCCGCCGGCUGCCGCCUCCCGAUCGGGGACGAUGGAGAAGACCCCUUUGCCUGCUGACGAGGAUGGCAGAAUGAUGGCAGACACCCAGUCUGAUGCGCAGCUCUUGGAUGGAAAUGGCAGCUCACUGGGCACGGCCAUGGAGCCAGCCCGCGACGUCUGGGCCAGUAAGAUCCAGUACCUGCUAGCCCAGGUGGGCUUCAGUGUCGGGCUGGGGAACGUCUGGAGGUUCCCUUACCUUUGCCAUCAGAAUGGGGGAGGAGCCUUCCUCCUGCUUUACGUGCUCCUGCUAGCUGUGGUGGGAGUUCCCCUCUUCUUCUUGGAGCUGGCGGCCGGACAGUGCAUCCGACAGGGCAGCAUCGGAGUGUGGAAACACAUCUCUCCAAAACUGGCCGGAAUCGGAUACUCCAGCUGCGUGGUGUGCUUCUUCGUAGCCCUGUACUAUAACGUCAUCAUCGCAUGGAGCCUAUUCUACCUGUUCAGUUCAUUCCAGUUCCCCCUGCCCUGGGAGCAGUGCCCUGAGCCCAUUCACAACCAGACCGUGAACGAGUGCACGAAUAGUUCUCCCACCACAUACUUCUGGUUCCGUAAGGCUCUGGACAUCACCGACACCAUCGACGAGACAGGCCAGUUAAACACUCUCAUGACCAUCUGUCUGCUAGCAGCUUGGACUACUGUUUGCCUCGCUAUGAUCAAGGGCAUCAAGUCAUCGGGCAAGGUUUUGUAUUUCUCCUCCAUCUUCCCCUACGUUGUGCUGCUGUGUUUCCUUAUCAGGGGGUUAAUGUUGGAUGGAGCAUCUGAGGGCAUCAUCUACAUGAUCUACCCUAAGCUGGAGAUCUGGAGCAGCGUGCAGGUGUGGCGGCAGGCGGCCACCCAGGUCUUCUUUGCGCUCGGGCUGGGCUUCGGCUCCGUCAUUGCCUACUCCUCCUACAACCCGCUGAGGAACAACUGCCACCGAGACGCCCUCAUGGUCUCCUUCAUCAACUUCUUCACGUCCGUUCUGGCUACCCUUGUGGUGUUUGCCGUGCUGGGCUUCCGUGCCAAGACCAAGGCCAUGGAGUGUGUGGCCAGGAAUUUAGCUCUCCUGUCUGGGAUUCCCAACAAGGAGUUCGAGCUGAACCCGUUGUUGAACCGGACUAACAUUUCUACACCUGAUUCUGUGAUGCUGGAGGAGUACAGAAACUGGUUCUCGCACCACCGGUCGAGCGUUCCAGUGAAUGUUACGGACUGCAAUCCGGAGGAGGAGAUGAGCAAGGGUGUGGAAGGGACCGGGCUGGCCUUCAUCACCUUCACGGAGUCCAUGUCGCUCUUCCCCGCCAGUCCCUUCUGGUCAGCACUCUUCUUCCUCAUGCUCCUCAACCUGGGCCUCAGUACCAUGCUUGGCACCAUGCAGGGCAUCCUCACGCCUCUCACGGACAAUUUCAAGCGUCUGAUGCGACACAAGACCCUUCUCACGGUCUGCAGCUGUGCCGUGGGCUUUGUCAUUGGACUCGUGUUCACCCAGCGCUGUGGCAACUACUUUGUGACCAUGUUUGACGAUUACUCUGCGACCCUGCCGCUCAUCAUCGUGGUCAUUUUCGAAACAUUCAGUGUCUCCUGGGUUUACGGAGCCGAUCGAUUCCUGGAUGACAUUGAAGCCAUGUUGCAAUGGCGCCCUCCAGUGGUGUACAAGUACCUGUGGAAGUACAUCUGCCUGCUGGCCAUGAUUGGCCUGUUGGGGGCGAGUGUGUUGCAGAUGAUAUUGAAACGGCCAACUUACACUGCCUGGAACCACAGUACGGCUUCGAAAGUGACGCUGGACUACCCGGCGUGGGCGCUGGCGGUCCUCUCGCUGUUGAUCAUAUUUGCCUCCCUCCCCGUCCCUCUGGGAUACCUACAUACACUGCUGAAAAACAAACUCAGCCAAGGGCCGGAGACGGGGCGCAGGCGCGAGACAGAUGCAGAGAGGGAGGAUUACAUGAAAUGUAACACGAUGGAACCUGACUCCGCCCCCACACACAAGCCACUGGAUGAAGAGGUAGGGGAGGAGCCUCAUCAGAAUUCCUUCCGGGCAUUGGGCUCGGAACAAUACAAGCUGCUUCCCCAGAGGGAGGAAACGGAAGAUGGAGAGGAGACUACUGGCAUGUGAAGGAGUAGAAACAUAGAGGCAGAGGCUGGGAUCGAAAGCCGUGCUCAGACUUGCCAGUACCUCCAAGGGGAACAUGACAAAGUGGGAGUUUCACACAAAUAUGUGAACGAGGGAUGUUUACACAUGAGAAUUGUAAUACUCUUGAAUGAUCAUUUCUAAGUACUUGGUCAUUGCACAGCAGGUAUAAAGGCAGCAAUCAGUGUUCGUCCUCGGGAGGAGAAAAAAAGCUUGAAAAACAAUGAACUGAGUGUAUUGUUAACCACACUUCAGGGGUUUGCACGUCAUUUUAUACAUUUGAAACCCUUUGGCAAUCAUGUUGGUGGACUUAAGAAUACACAUUACCUACAGAUGCUUUGAGGGUGAAUUAAUGAAUAGAUUUUCCUUUUUUUGGAAACCGUGCUGGAAAAACUAAGGACUGGGGCAGGGUGUUUUAAACACCUUUUUUUAGGUACAGAAAACAUGCCCACCAUUUCAAAAUGAUUAAAUUUUUGUUUCACUAAUUUUUAAUGAAUGGAAUGAAUUUUUUAAAACUGUGAAUAUCUAUGUGAGGUCUGUAUUUUUUCAGAUGUUUUGGGAAGCAGAGAUGGUUUUUAUCUGCUUGUUUGCUUUAAAAUGGUACACUUUCCUUCAUUGUGUAUCUGGAAUGUAAAAUGCAGCCAAUCGAAUCAUGCGGUCAUGUUACAUUUGAUGCAGUACCUGUGCCUGUUUUGCUGAUGCGUUGUGCUAAAUCUUGCAGAGAUGGUCAGGGGGAUGAAUUACGGGGAAAGAGUAAUUGUCAAAUACAAAGAGUUUUUAUAUAUUUAUUACAUUUUGUUUCUAAUUUUUUGUAGUCCUAAAUACAGUGACUGUAUUGAUUUAUUAAUUUUAUGAUCACAUUUAAUCAGAAAAAAAGAACUGAGUGGGUUUAUUUGUUUGCCAAACUGUUGUUUCUAUGAGAUUAUCUGUUCAUCUUCUGUGCUGCUGAUCCAGUAUAAGGUCACAACAAACAUGGACCCUGGGCUAGAGCUUGAAUGGUACCUGAUGGAUUAUGACUUCUACACUGACACUGUCAUGGUACCUCAGUAUCAAUACUGAUUCAGUACUGAAAAACAUUCCCAUUUAAAUAUUAUAUUGCUUUGAAAUAGGUCUAUUUAUGAGUUAAAUCAACUGUAAUAUCCUAUUGAUUGAACUCCAGUCAAUACAUAGAUUCUGAUUUUAAUUAGAGUUAUCCUGUUAGAAUCCUCACUGGUAGUACACUAAGCUUAGGUUUAUAUUUCUGUGUGUUCUGUUCACCAUUUAGCCUUGCCUACUUAUCACUGAGAAAGGGAUAUGAAUGAACUAGCAUGUAGGCUAAAAAUGACUUUAAUCAGAAACAUAGAAUGUAAUAACCGCUAAAUUACAUGACUAUAAUGUUUUAUAUCUGUUAUGCACACGUGGCCAUCUUCAAACUCCUGUCAGGGUGAGCAAGAGGCCGCUGUUUCUGCAGGUUAGGAGUGCUGCCUCUUUGUAGCAGCGUUUGUAUCCUGUCGGCUCUGUCGGUUCACCCUUUUCGUUUGGUGUAAAUUCAAAACACCAUAUCUCACUUAUGCUGGCCGGUUUAUGAACUAGAGGCGGGCAGUGAGCAGCAGCGGUUUCCAUCUUCCAUUGAUGUAGCUUCUCAGCACAAGAGACACAUGAAAUGAGUCCGGCUGUGUGCCAUAGAGAUGUUCAGCACAUGUUUUUUAAAUAUUGGAACUGGAAAAAUGAUAGAAUUGCUUUGUUUAAUUUUUUUGAUAGCUGUAUUUUGAACAACAUUAGCUAGCGGUAUAUUGAGCAAUAUUAACUUAGAGACAAGAAUUGGUGCCGUGGACCCUGUGGUCUUUGGUAUCCACUUUGUAAGGUGAUUGACAAUUGUAAGCAUGACUGGUUGGAUAGAAUAGAAAUACCGUUUCCAUUUGUCAUGCAUCGUCAUGCUGAAGCUAUGUAUUAAUUGGCUGGAUUGCUACUUUUGCCCGUGCUAAUUUGUGCAGUUCCCCUCUUCUGGGGAGACAUGCAGUUAUGUUCAUUGGUGUAUAUAAACUGCCUUUUUAUGUGUGUUUGCCCUGUGAUGGAUUGCUAGCCCAUCCAGUGUCCCCCGCCUGUGCUGCCUGGCAAAGGAUCCAGGCCCCUGUAUAAGAUAAGCAGCUUUUGUAAGAAACCUUGUAUUUUUUUCUUAUUUUAAUAAGCACAGCUGUAGCCCAGUAGGAACAGUCUGGUUCUGUAAUGAGAAGUUCUAAGUGCCUAGUCCUCACAUUCCUGUUGUGUAUAAAGUGUGUUUACUUUGCAUAGAAGUAAGAGCUGUUGCAUAUGAUGCUAAGUAAGUGUUGCCAAAUAGUUUUUUGCAAAGCAAAACAUAUGUGCACCCCCCCCCCCCCAAAAAAAAAAAAAAAAUCUUUGAUUUGCUUGUCUGAGUGUAAAUAUGUUAUGAUUUGAUGGACUCUGUCAAUAGGGGCUCUGUAUUUUUACUGUUUGUUUAUCAUGGAAGUGCCACAUUUCAUUUUUCGAACAAUUUUGGUGUUUCAGAUCAAAAAGGAGGAAAAUGUGUCUUAAAAUUUUUUAAUAUUGCACUUAUUUAACAGAUUAAAUUUGAAACAAAGUACAAACUACAGACCCGGAAUAAUAAACAAAAUUGAUUUUGA